CGCGCACCGGAUCCGCACCCCGGGGUCCCGGCCCCUCCCCCACCCCCGAGGCCGCCGGGGGGGUCGCGGCCCCUCCCCCACCAUGAAGGACCGGACCCAGGAGCUCCGCAGCGCCAAGGACAGCGACGAUGAGGAGGAGGUGGUCACGGUCGACAGGGACCACUUCAUGGACGAGUUCUUCGAGCAGGUGGAGGGGAUCCAUUGAAUCGAUUAACUCGAGGACGGGUCACAGGUGAAGAAACAGCACAGCGCCAUCCUGGCCGCCCCCAACCCCGACGAGAAGACCAAGCAGGAGCUCGAGGACCUCACGGCCGACAUCAAGAAGACGGCGAACAAAGUGCGCUCCAAAUUGAAAGCCAUCGAGCAGAGCAUCGAGCAGGAGGAGGGGCUGAACCGCUCCUCGGCCGACCUGCGCAUCCGCAAAACGCAGCACUCUACGCUGUCCCGCAAGUUCGUGGAGGUGAUGACCGAGUACAACGCGACGCAGUCCAAGUACCGGGACCGCUGCAAGGACCGGAUCCAGCGGCAGCUCGAGAUCACCGGCCGGACCACGACCAACGAGGAGCUGGAGGACAUGCUGGAGAGCGGCAAGCUGGCCAUCUUCACGGACGACAUCAAGAUGGACUCGCAGAUGACCAAGCAGGCGCUGAACGAGAUCGAGACGCGGCACAACGAGAUCAUCAAGCUGGAGACCAGCAUCCGCGAGCUGCACGACAUGUUCGUGGACAUGGCCAUGCUGGUCGAGAGCCAGGGCGAGAUGAUUGACCGCAUCAAGUACAACGUGGAGCACUCGGUGGUCACUCUGAGCACUGGUGACCAUCACUGACCAGCGGUCACUCUGACUGACCAGUGCUGACCAUGACUGAGCAAUGGUGACCAUGACUGACCAGCGGUCACUCUGAGUGACCAGGGCUGACCAUGACUGAGCAAUGGUGACCAUGACUGACCAGCGGUCACUCUGACUGACCAGUGGUCACUCUGGCUGACCAUGACUGACCAGUGGUCACUCUGGCUGACCAGGGUGAGAUGAUUGACCGCCUCGAGUACAACGUGGAGCACUCGGUGGUCACUCUGAGCACUGGUGACCAUCACUGACCAUUGCUGACCAUCACUGACCAUUGCUGACCAUCA